UCAUAUUCAUAUAGACGAGGAGGUGGUGGGUUGGUGAGUUCUAUAAAGGCAGGAAGGUCCAGGGUUCGUUGCCCACCAUGUCUUCAGCUUCGCUAGUUAAGAGCUUCAACCUCACCUCUUCUUCCUCCUCCUCACCCUUCUCUCCUGCUACCAGUAGGAAACCUAGUCCUUGCAGUGUUUCUUCCAGGCUCACUACUUCUCCUGCUUCUCGAUCUCCUGCCCCUAACCUCAUCCAGAAGAAGCCUGUUUCCUCUGUUCCUGCUCUAACUAGGAAGGAAGAAAUGGGAAAGGAAUAUGAAGAGGCCAUUGCAUCUCUCCAGAAACUUCUCAGUGAGAAGGCAGAGCUGAAAGCUGAAGCAGCAUCCAAGGUGGAGCAGAUAACAGCCCAAUUGCAGACAGCCGAUGGCAGCGGCACCAAGACUUAUGAUGCCGUCGAGAGACUCAAGAGCGGCUUCAUUCACUUCAAGAAAGAGAAAUAUGACACCAACCCAGCUCUGUUCAACGAACUUGCCACAGGCCAAUGGCCCAAGUUUAUGUUGUUUGCAUGCUCGGAUUCCCGGGUUUGCCCAUCACAUGUUCUGGAUAUCCAGCCAGGGGAGGCUUUUGUGGUCCGCACAGUUGCUAAUUUGGUCCCACCCUUUGAUAAGACUAGAUACUCUGGGACUGGGGCUGCCGUUGAGUAUGCUGUUUUGCAUCUUAAGGUUCAAUACAUUGUGGUGAUUGGGCACAGCGCUUGUGGUGGGAUUAAGGGACUCUUGUCCAUCCCAGAAGAUGGAAAAACCUCCACUGACUUCAUAGAAGACUGGGUGAGCAUCGCCUCCCCUGCAGGGAAGAAGGUGAAGGCAGACCAUGGCGCUGAUGCUCCCUUUGCUGAAUUAUGCAGCCAUUGUGAAAAGGAGGCGGUGAAUGUGUCGAUUGGGAAUCUGCUGAGCUAUCCAUUUGUGAGAGAUGGUUUGCUGAAGAAAACUCUGGCAAUCAAGGGAGGCUACUACGACUUUGUCAAGGGAGGUUUUGAGUUGUGGGAUGUUGACUUUAGCUUCUCUCCCUCUCUCUCCGUAAAAGAGGUGGCCACCGUACUGCAGUGGAAGCUCUAGGGGCAUCACCACCAAUUCCAUUCCAUGAGAGAGAGAGAGAGAGAGAGAGAGAGAGAGAGAGAGAGAGAGAGCCUUAGAGAUGAUGAUCAUUGCAAACAUGUGGCUCCAUCUCCUCAUGAUAUGAAUCUAAUUACGCAUAUAUGAUGAAUGGGUUAUGAUAAAGUGAAUUGGGUUAUGUAGACCAACAAUUUAAGCCAUCUUUCUUUUAUCUAAAGUUUGGGUUGUUAAUC